CAGCCCUGCUUGCCUGUCUCUUCCGGAGCCCUUUGAGAUCUGGCUGAUUUUCAACCCCGCGGCGAUCUGGGCGGCUGUCCGGGAUAUUUGGGCUUGGCACGAAGAAGGGGGCGUGGGGCGAGCAGGAAGCACUGCCUAACUUGGGUGUUCCCCGGGGUGACCUGGGACCGUGCCAAGUCCUCCAGGAGUCAAGGGGCCGCUCGCUGAGAGCGCAGCAUCCCUGAAGAACAGCGUGGCGGAGGUGAGCUGAGGACAGGUGAGGUGGGGGCCGGGCGCGAAGGCAGGUUACCUCCAUCCCUUUCAUAACUAGGUGCAGGUUUCGGGCACUGGAAAGUUGGCUUUUUAGCCCCUACAGAGUUAGGGGAGGCGGCGACAGGCUCCGGGUACUCCCUUCCCUAAACUCCCACAGACACCGGGCACCGCGCGCACCCCGCCCACCCGGGCCAGACUGUCCCCCUCCCCGCCCUCCCGGGGCGCAUCAGGGCGCACGGGUGUCGCGGGGGCGGCGCCGGGAGCUCCUCCCCCUGCCCGGGGCGCGGGUGGUGACUCGGCGCAGGCAGAGCCCAGAGUCUCCGCGCCCCGGGAGGGCGUGCGCCCCUCUGAGGGCAGCGCGGGCGCCGGGUCCGCGGCCCCCGGAGUUGCCCAAGACGCCGGUGACUCCUCCCCGGGGACCCUCCCCCUCUGGGGCGCGUCAUUCUACUCACCCGGGGCCCGACCCCGAAGGCGGCGGCUGCUGGCGCUCCGGCCACCUGCAGCGAGCUGCCCGGGCGACGUCCACCCGCCCCGUGUGUGUGUGCGCGCGCGCACACGCCCCUGCGCGCCCCGGAGGGACCCCAUGGCGCUGCGGGUGCCCAACGCCAGCUGUGAGAAUGGUUCCCUGCUCAGCCUCUACUGCUCCUCCCAGCAAGUCCUGUGCCAGGUGGUCCGCCACCUCGACCCCGAGCCGCCUGUUAACGCCACGGCCCCCCGCUGGCAGGAGCGUUUCUGGAAGAGCUACAGCUUCUAUGUGGGGCUGGGCCUCGCCCUCCUCUCCAGCUUCCUCAUCGGCAGCAGCGUCAUCCUCAAGAAGAAGGGGCUCCAGCGGCUGGUGGCCACGGGCGCCACGCGGGCAGUGGACGGCGGCUACGGAUACCUGAAGGACACCAUGUGGUGGGCCGGCUUCCUCACCAUGGCCGCCGGGGAAGUCGCCAACUUCGGCGCGUAUGCGUUUGCGCCGGCCACGGUCAUCACGCCGCUGGGCGCGCUGAGUGUCCUCAUCAGUGCCGUCCUCUCCUCCUACUUCCUGGGCGAGUGUCUGAACCUCCUGGGGAAGCUGGGCUGUGUCAUCUGCGUGGCCGGCAGCACCGUGAUGGUCAUCCACGCGCCCUCGGAGGAGAAGGUCACCACCGUGGUCCAGAUGGCGUCUAAGAUGAAGGACACAGGCUACAUCGUGUUCUCCGUGCUCCUGGUGGUCUUCUGCCUCAUCCUCAUCUUCGUGGUGGCCCCCCGCUACGGGCAGAGGAACAUCCUGGUGUACAUCGUCAUCUGCUCGGUCAUCGGCGCCUUCUCGGUGACGGCCGUCAAGGGCCUGGGCAUCACCAUCAAGAACUUCUUCCAGGGGCUGCCCGUGGUGCGCCACCCGCUGCCCUACGUGCUCUCCCUCAUCCUGGCGCUGUCGCUCAGCACGCAGGUGAACUUCCUCAACCGGGCGCUGGACGUGUUCAACACCUCGCUGGUCUUCCCCAUCUACUACGUCAUCUUCACCUCCGUGGUGGUCACCUCCUCCAUGGUCCUCUUCAAGGAGUGGCACAGCAUGUCCGCCGUGGACGUGGUGGGCACGCUGGCCGGCUUCGUCACCAUCAUCCUGGGGGUGUUCAUGCUCCACGCUUUCCGGGACCUGGAUGUGGGCCGCGCCCAGCUACCCCACAUGCACAAGGCGCGCCCCCCUGCGCCCCCUGCCGCCGCUGCUGCCUCUGCCGCCACCGCUGCCGUCGCCGGGGUCCCGGUGGAGCCCACCGCCCCACGGCUGGAGGACAAGAACGUGCUGGUGGACAAUAUCGAGCUGGCCAGCAUCGCCUCGUCGCAGAGCAAGUCCCAGCAGGAGCUUACAAUCCAUUCUUAGGAUUGGCACGGGGACAGGGGGGUGGCGGGGAGGGGGGGGAAGGAGGGCACAGGAAGUGACCCGGGGCGCAGCCUGACUUCUCAAUCUCAGAGCCCCUCCACCCCCACCCCCGGGUGGCGGGCAUCUUCUCUGGAGAUGUUAACAGAUACCUCAUCAGCCCUGUUUCCGGAAGGAAAAAAAAAAAACACCCCCCUGGCUCAGUGAGCAGUGGCGGCGGAAAUUUCUGGAAACACAGCCUCAGCGACCAAAUGCCUGACUGUCUGUGGACGCCGGCGGGGUCUCCUUCCUCUGCGUGUCUUUUGGUGCCACCUGUCGCCCGGCAGAAGGCCAAAUCUGACCCGUUGAAUGUAGUAGUGUGGUCCGAGGGCUUCCUGGAGGAGCUACGGGGCUGGGGCGGGGAGGGAGGACCCCCCUCCUCCUCCCGCCUCCCCAACUGGUGCUGUUUGGGCACCAGGCUCCAGGCGAGCGGGACAGGCCUGAGGCCUGGAGUGGCCCCGGAUGGAUGGACAGUGUGACUCUCAUCCCGUGUCCUCUCACGUCGGGAAGACGGGCUGAGCAAUUCAUGUCCUUCUUACUGUGAAUGCCAGGGAUGUCUCAGGAACUGUCCCCCACCCCCCCCACAGACUCUCACCACCAGCCCAGAAGCGGGUGCCCUGCUGCCCUGCUUUCCCGACCCAACCCUGCCCCAAGGUCAGUCCAAGGCCUUGGGGUUGACCUUGAGGGCUUCCCCAUCUCGGAACGUAGCCGGCUUGCCCUCUCCCUCCCGGAGUUAAACCAAACAUGACCCGUGACCCUGGGAGAGGGUGAGGUGUGGAGUUGGGUCCGGAGUUGGGGGCUAAGAAUGAGCGCCCCAGUGGAGGAAGGGGUUUCCCCGAACGCUUUGAGCAGGGCAGCCCCUGGGGGGGGGGGGUCCUGGCGUGGGGGCGGGGGAGGGAGGACAGAGUGGCUGGAAGGUCCUGCCUUUCCCCUCCUGCCCACAGGGGGCGCUACCCCGGUGAGUGUCUAGUGGAGAGGAUGGCGCCUGCGCAGCAUUAGAGAGGGCAUGUAGUCCUCGGGCCCUCUCCUCCAGGCAGCCCUCACUCGGGUACCCCCACACCCGGGUGGGUCCUGUGUUUACACCCCAGCCAGCCUCCUGCGGGCUCUGCCAAAUCUCGGGCCGUCUGCCUGCGGUUGAAGUCAGGGUCCCGCGGGGCAGCCCAGG